CCAACAGCUCCCCCACUCCCUCUACCUCAGCCCAACCUAUCCCCCCACUAUCUGCUCUGCAGCCGAACCAGCACCUCCCUUCCCUCGCUUCCCCAGUGCAUUACACCAUCCCCAGGCCAACCUUAUCCCACACGAGCGCCCUCCCUCGCCUCAACCAUGUUUUUAUCCUUCGGGUCCCUCGCUUUCCUUCCUCUCCACAACACCCAAACCAACAUGUCCCCCCCAGCCCCUUUCUCCAUUCAUGGGUCUAUCGGUCCCCCAUUCUGCUCCCUGCAACACCCCCCAGCUCACCCCGACAUGCGCCCUAUUCCUCCCCAUCCCCCGUACGUGGGACCUCUCAGCUCCCUGUUGGCUUCCUUCCCAACCCACACACCCUCCUCGCACACCCCUGUCUCGCCAGGUCUGCAACCUUCCAGCCUCCCUUCUUCCUUUCUUCCCAACCCGCACACCCUCCUCGCACACCCCUAUCUCGCCAGGUCUGCGACCUUCCAGCCUCCCUUCUUCCUUCCUUCCCAACCCACACACCCUCCUCGCACACCCCUAUCUCGCCAGGUCUGCGUCCUACCAGCCUCCCUUCUUCCUUCCUUCCCAACCCACACACCCUCCUCGCACACCCCUCUCUCGCCAGGUCUGCGUCCUACCAGCCUCCCUUCUUCCUUCCUUUCUUCCCAACCCACACACCCUCCUCACACACCCCUCUCUCGCCAGGUCUGUGUCCUACCAGCCUCCCUUCUUCCUUCCUUCCCAACCCACACACCCUCCUCGCACACCCCUCUCUCGCCAGGUCUGCAUCCUACCAGCCUCCCUUCUUCCUUCCUUCCCAACCCACAUACCCCUGUCUCGCCGGGCCCGGGACCUGUCAGCCUCUCUUAUUCCUUCAUUCGCGCCCUCAAGUUGCACUCCUACCCCCUCACUCCUCCUCCUUCCCAACACUUCCAGCCUGCCAUAUCCUUCCCUAAUCUGGUCUCCGCCCCAGUUAUCCCUCUAUUCCUGGGAUCCCUUAACCCCCAGCCCUCCCCAGUUCCAAUUAUUGUUCCCCAUGAACUUGCUGAGUUGGCUUUGCCCGCCAACCUGGGGCCCUCAAAUACUCCUCCAUGCUCUUCUCCAUCUCUGGAGCCUCUAAAUCCCCCAAACUCUCAGUGCCCCUGGGAUCCUUAGAUCUCUCCCCUCCACAGUGCAGCCCUCAAUACCAGGUAUUCAAGACAGUCAUACUUACGUAGAGACCAAAAUAGGAAAUGAACUUCUCCACUGAUCACCCCUUUGAGACUCUAUUCUUCGCAGUCCUGCUGUCUCCCUCCACAGCACAUGGGCAGGUCUGCUGGUGCCAGUGGGAGGGUAGAAGCCAGAGGCAUACUUUAUAUGUGAGAAGCGGUUACGUGACAUUACGGACUGAGAUGCCAACGUGUUCACUUUUCCUAAAGUGCUGGAUUCAGAACCAGGGGAAAAAGUCAACUAUUGGAGACUCCUCCAGUUCUGCGAUGAACAGAGAGAGAAAAUGAGACUAUGAGCAAAAUUACUGCAAGUCAAGAGCUAUUCCGGAGGAAUCAAUGGGGGACCCUGGCCAGAGAAGAAACCGACGGAGAUGGACUUGACCUGCCCGGACGUGAUUCCCGGGACUCCUGAAGGG